AUGAACACUAAUUCAGUUAGCGCCUAUCGGAAACAAGCUGUAGAUAGGCUUUAUAACUGGUUAACUACCAGUGAACUUCCAUUGAAAUCAGCUUCCAAGCAUGCAUUAGACUUAAGUUCUGAUUACGAGUAUACUACUUAUGAUCCUGCUACACAGAUACCUUUAGCUCAUUACAAACAAACAACUUUUUCACAACUAGAUAAAAUGGCUGUUAAUGCUUGUAAAGCACAAAAGCAGUGGAUUGAUUUAUCAUUAUUAGAACGUGCGAAAAUUCUGCGAAAAGUCGGUGAUCUUGUUCGUAGUGAAGCAAGUUGGCUUGCUGAAUUAGAAACAUUGGAUAGUGGGAAACCACUGUGGGAGGCUCGGCAAGAUAUCGAAGCAUGUGCAGAUUCAUUUGAAUUAUUUGCUGGGUUUAUUCCGACGUUUACUGGAAUUCACACCCCAGUUCUACCAAAUCCUGGCAGUUUCUACUAUACUAGAAGAGAACCUUUUGGACUUUGUGCAGGUAUCGGUGCAUGGAAUUUCCCAUUUCAGAUGUCUGUAUGGAAAUCUGUUCCUGCUCUGGCGGCUGGAAAUGCAUUCAUCUUUAAACCAUCUCCCCUAACUCCAUUAACAGCUGUUCGCUUAUAUGAAUUGUAUAAACAAGCUGGAUGCCCUGAAAAUUUGUAUCAAGUUGUUCUUGGAGGUGUUGAAAUUGGUCAAGCGUUAGUCAAUCAUCCGCUAGUUUCAAAAGUAUCGUUUACAGGAAGUGUUGAAGGUGGUCGUUGUGUUCUUCAAACUGCUGCCAAACGAAUUAUACCAAGUACUCUUGAACUCGGUGGGAAAUCACCUUUGAUUAUAAUGUCAGAUGCUGAUUUAGAUGAAGCUGUUAAAGGUACAUUGAUGGCAAACUUUUAUAGUCAAGGACAAGUGUGUUCAAAUGCUGCUCGUGUAUUUGUUCAUAAGUCUAUUGCUACAUUAUUUACACAAAAGCUUGUAGAAUCAGUUAAGAAAAUGUUAGUUGGUGAUCCAUUUGAUCCAUGUGUUGCAAUGGGUGCUUUAAUUAACUCGGAACAAAAGGAAAAAGUUUACAAUUAUAUACAGUCAGCUCUUUCUGAAGGGGCUAGCCUAUUAAUCGGUGGUGAAAUGCUUAAAUUUGAUAAUGGUGAUUUAAAUAAUGGAAAUUUUAUAACACCUUGUGUUCUUACUAACUGUCAUGAUAAUAUGAAAGCUGUGAAAGAGGAGAUAUUUGGUCCUGUAAUCACUUUGUUACAAUUUGAUUCAGAAGAAGAGGUUAUAGAGCGUUCAAAUAGAAGUGAAUUUGGUCUAGCUGGUGGUGUAUUCACACAAAAUUUAACCACUGCACAUCGUAUAGCCUCAAAAUUACAAUGUGGUUCUGUUUAUGUCAAUAGUUAUAAUGUUUAUCCACCAGGUAUUCCAUUUGGUGGUUAUAAAUUAUCUGGAUUUGGUCGAGAGAAUUCUGUUGAUACAUUAAUGGCUUAUAGUCAACUGAAAGCGAUAUAUGUAGAAGGUGGAUCAUUGCCUUUUCCAUUCCCUGAAUCUAAAAAAUAA